AUGAGUGAUAUUCCUGAAAAUAAUGACACUGCUACUCCAGAUGUCAAACCUGACGUUAAGACAGACGUUAAGACAGAAACUCAUUUAAAUUUAAAGGUCUCCGAUGGUUCAUCUGAAAUUUUUUUUAAGAUUAAGCGUACAACUCCUUUAAGAAGAUUGAUGGAAGCGUUCGCUAAGAGACAAGGUAAAGAAAUGGAUUCGUUGCGUUUCUUAUAUGACGGUAUUAGAAUCCAAGCUGAUCAAACCCCUGAUGACUUAGAUAUGGAAGACAAUGAUAUUAUUGAAGCUCAUAGAGAACAAAUUGGUGGGUUUUAA